AUGUCUACGCGAUCACCAACGUCCGCCGACUUGGUCAGCCCCAUUAAUGCAAUGAAUGAUACGAAGUUGGUGCAAGAGCAGUCCAAAACGCACCCACACGAGUGUGAAGAGAAGCUUACUCCCGAAUCGAUCACGAAUAUGUUACCUGAUCGUAUGCAAAACAAGUCCCCUGAUUCCCCGGAUGGAAUUACUGUUGGGAGUGGGGAAGUGUGUCGACCGCCCGACCAUCUGGGAUACCAAGAAGCAGCAAUUACCGGUGAAGGAGAACAGGAGUGCACGUCAUACCAACACGCAGUUGGAAAAUUGUUCGUGGAAGAUGUUGGCCAACACAUGGCAGUCUUACCGGAGGUGGACACGACGCUAUGCGAGAUGACGAUUGAGGAUUUACAGGUGAGCGAACCAGGGGUUCCAUUGACGAAAGAGCAAGAAGAAUUACGCCAGCUGAUCCGGAAGAAAAGACAUCUGUUGAUGGGCAAGGGAAACUCCCUCCCGCCUGCGGCUCGAGGCGGUAUAUGUGACAAAGAUGUGGGAGGGGCGACCCCAACGAACAACCAUACACUUCUUGGUCCGAGUGCAACACGCAAAGUGAAUUUAUAUUUAUAA